CACCCAGACAACAUCAAACACCCCCUCGGUACCUCUGACAUCACCCGAGAGACGUUAAGAUAAGGAGAGAGAGAAAAGGGAGGGAAAAGAGGUGUGUGAUGUAUGAGUGGAAGGGGGGACCAGCAAAGCAUAUAUAGACACCUCAUCGUUACUAUUAACAUACUUACCAAGCUCACACAAACACACACUGACAUACAAACACCACUCGCAUUAAAUCAAAUUCCUGCGCUCAGAGGAAGGAAGAGAGAGGAAAGGGAAAGACAGGGAUGCUCUUAGCAGGUGCCAAAAACUGAGACGAGAGAGAGAGAGAGAGAGGGAUGGAGCAGGACUAAAACAUUCAGUCAGGUUUUAGAAGAUCCUCGAACUGUUAUUGUAUUUUCUGCAGAAUGUUUUUUUGUUUUUAUUUCCAUGCGUCUCUCUCCUUUAUCCAUGUUUGAGUGUAUUCAUCUAAAUCUGUUCAUCUAAAUCUGUCCAUACCUCGCAUUAGUGGUGUAUCUGGGGCCAAUAUCACUUGCACCAUGCUGUGCUCCUCUGUAUUUGUGGUGCUUCUAGUCCUUCUGGCCAAUCCGCUGCCGGGCCACACCCGAGCCCUGCACACCCCUGACAAAGCCAUGCAGGUCAUUGAGCAGUUUCUUGAGCGCUACAAUGACCUUUUGACCCUUGAUGAUCUUGAGAACCUCACCAGUGACCAGUCGGAAGAGCCUAUGCAGACCUUCAGCUCUGGGCUAAAGGUUGCAGAAUAUCCCAAGUGGAUUGACAUACCUGUGCAGAGUGAGAAUGCCUGGCUCCGCCUCUUGAAGGGGGCUUUGGCCAAUCAGAAGCGAGCUCCACCGGACCGGUUGCGGAGGGGGGGAUGGAAUCGCGGCUGUUUUGGCUUGAAACUGGAUCGGAUCGGCUCUAUGAGUGGCCUCGGCUGCUAAUAAUGAACUGAGAGACGGACCAAGAAGAUGAAAUGACUGUUGUCCUGCUUAGCUUUAGGUAUAGAGGUCAUUACCAAACUCUUGUCUUGGACCCUAUAUGAAAAAAGUUGUACAAAGUUAGGUGGACAAAUUCAUUAUAUGGUGUCUUUCAAUAUACUUAUUUUUACAUUGGAUUUAAUGUAACAUGUUGUUUAGCUGUAUUUGUAUAUUUAUUUCUUAAUGAAAGUAGCAAAGUGUUUUACUUGUUCCUUGAAAUGUAGAUGAGUUACAAUGACCUUCAUUUUGAUAUUCUGCUAGUUUACUAGUCAUCAAAAGUUAUGGAAAGUAAUGGAAAUGUCUCAAAAAUGCAUGAGUUAAAGAACGUAAACAUAUACUGCUCUCCUUCUGUACUUUUUGCAUGAAUAAAAUUUCUCCCAUCAUGUUUC